AUGGAAAGCCCACACGAGCAUCAGCAGACAGUGCUGCUCUCUCGCAUCAUCAGUAACGUUGAGAAGCUGAAUGAAGCCAUUAUGGUCAUGAACAAAGGUCUUCAGGAAGUUAACAUCCAAAACAUGAAUGUUGAGCUUGUGGCGCAGAUGUUCAAGAACUACCAGUCUAAUGUUCUCUUCCACCUCGAAGCCACGGAGAACCUCCAAGAGCCAUCCUAA